UUUAGAGCACCACGCGACAAUCGACGGAACCGUUCCAACGCGUGCAUUCUGCUCCGCUCGACAGUUGUCAAGAAGAUGUAAAAAAUACACAAUCGAAAAAAGAAGGGCAAAGUUAUCCACGACGUUUGCUCUGCUUGGAGAAGGGUUUUCUCGAAGGACAAGAUACAACAAUUCGCUGGCGAAUAAUAGUGUGUAACCCCGAGCUCAACUGCCGAGUUGCUAACCCUUGUCGCACGAUGGAGGAAGAUUGGGAAGCAUUGGCGGAACAGAAGUCCGAGCAGCUGUUUGCCAAGGCGGACGUGAACAAGUGGGCUGGUGAGGACGAGGAUGAUGUAAAGGACAACUGGGAGGAUGACGACGAGGAGGAGGAGAAGAAGGAUGCACCGAAGCUGGAAGAUACACCUACUAAAAAUGCCAAACCGAAGAAAGCUGCCCCACAGAAGAAACUAAAAAAGGAAGAACUGGAACGGCUUCAACGCGAAGAGGAGGAGGAAGCUAACCUAACACCGGAACAAAGAUUGGCCGAAAAGCGAAGGUUGCAGAAGCUCCAGGAAGAGAAUGACCUUCAAACGGCGAUGGAAACGCUCGGCAUUGGGCCGAUGUCAUCGGGCAACGGUAUCGAUGGUAUGCAUCCGACCACAAAGGAGGAAUUUAGCGAACUAGCGGAAGCGAUUAGCAAAAAGCUUUCCAACUACCGUGCGGACCCCGAGUAUCAAGGAUUUUUAGAAGAGCUCCUGCUUAAACUUUUUGCCAGCUUAUCAUCAAACAACAUCAGGAAAGCUAAAACUACCCUAGACAACUUGUACUUGGAAAAGCAGAAGGUCGAAAAAGGUGACAAGCCAAAGAAGACCAAAGGCAUUAAGGUGAAAGCGAAGUUGCGUGUGGAAGGCGAGAAUUCCACGCUGAACGAAUAUGCCACAAAGUAUGAUGAUUACGAUGACUACGAUGAUUUUAUGUAACGGUGCAUGUUGGUGCACAUGUCGGUUGGAACCUACAGCAUCAAUAAUGCCCACGCCGUCGUCAUCAGAAACAACAACACACGAUCGCCAUCAUCGCCGCGGGUCUCGGAGUCGGAAUGUCGUGGAAGAAGUUGAUCGCAACCCCUCGCUGUGUUGUGGGGAGGCGGGGGGAGGAGACGUGGCUAGGAGAAUUUGAAAAUACAAACAGACACACACACACAUACAUGAAACUACACAAGAACUACACGACUGUAGGGGGUAAUAAGGGUAAGACUAUUUACAUUAGCUGUGUAUAUCCUCAGUGUUACUCGAUACAGUCUUGUUACAUUUCAACUCGUUUUUUGAUAACUAAUUGCAUGACAGUCUCAGAGCAAGUCGGGGAAGCACCCAGGAUACACACCCCUCUUAAAUAGGAUAGUGAAUGGAUAGCAAACCAAGACGCAUCGAUAAAAUAAUAAUAAUGAAGGGGGUCAUUGAUACCGUUACAUACCGAUACUAAUCAACCGCAGCCAGAAUUAUACUUACCUUCACGUUUGGCAAUUACUGUAGGAUUCGUUCUAGAUGAAGUGUGUAAGUGGUUCCAUUCAUUGCAUUAGCGUACGCAACAACAAUCUUGCGAAAGCGCUGCUGAAAAUUCAGAGACGACCAAUUUGAAGUGUAAAUAAAACGGAGGAGAUCGCAUGCGA